AGGAAUGACUCCUUUAAGUAAGGAAGAAGUAAUAUCCGUUUAUAAAGGGUCAUAUAUUCCUCAAGAAUUGAUUAGAGGUUCUUCUUCUGAGAGUACAAGAAUGAAGCAGUUAAAUGACUUGUUUUCUGUUCCCGAGAUUUGUCUCAUAUCAAACGUAACAGAGUACUUUGAAAAAAAUGGUAUAGCUUACCAUCCAGAAAUUUUGUCCUACGACAUUCAGAAUGCAGUUCAGAGCAUACACCCAGUAAUGCACAAGAUGUUGGAUGAAACUACUAUUGAUCAGUACCUUGAGAAACAUCCUGCUAUGCCAUCCUUUUUGUAUAGGUUGAGAGAUGCUGGAAAGAAAAUGUUUUUGAUUACUAACAGCCCAUUCAAGUUUGUUGAUAAUGGUAUGAAGUACAUGAUAGGUCCUAAGUGGGCAGACCUGUUUGAUGUCAUUGUUGUACAGGCCAGAAAACCUAGAUUCUUUACAGGUCAAACCAGACCCUUUAGGAUUUACGAUGUACCUUCCAAUAGUCAACUCUGGGAAAGAGUGCAAUCUCUAGAAAAAGGAAAAGUUUAUAUUGAGGGCAAUUUAAAGGAAUUACAGCGGAUGACUGGCUGGUAUGGUAAUUCAGUAUUGUACUUUGGGGAUCAAAUUUAUUCUGAUCUCGCAGAUCUAACACUUCAUCAUGGCUGGAGAACAGGAGCUAUCAUCUAUGAAUUAAAUAAAGAAAUUCAGAUAUUGAAUUCUGAAGAAUUUCGCCAUGAUGUUGGCUGGCUCCAAACUCUACAACAUUUAAUCGAAGAAAUGCAGGAUUAUGAAGAAGCUAAUGAUAUAAUUGAACAGCUUUUAACGGAGCGUGAUGAUCUAAGACUUCAUACAAAAUCCAUGUUUAACAAGCAGUUUGGCAGUAUUUUCAGGACUCACCACAAUCCAACCUAUUUUUCUAGACGUCUUUUUAGAUACUCUGAUAUAUACAUGUCUCAUGUCACUAAUCUAUUGAAUUAUUCAAUGAAUCACAUAUUUUAUCCAAGAAGAGGAGCUUUGCCUCAUGAGUGCAAAAUACCAUUUAUGUGAGAUAAAGCUGCCAAGUGAUACCAUCAGCACAUGUGUGAUAAUAAUUAUGUUGAUUUAGGAUUAUUUCUAGUGCUGCAGCAGUGAUAUUUCUUAGUAAUUCUAGUUAAUUAUGUAGUAUUAUUCAAUCUGUUUUGAGUUCAUAAGUCUAGUUGCUUUAGAACAAGAUGUGGCGACCUAUUUCAACUUGCAGGCCAACUGUAGGUAAUAAAAUAAUUACAAUAGGUAUUGAAAUUUUCUUUUUAUUUUCAUCUGGUAUUCACAUCUUAAUGUAUAUCUUUAGAAUCCUUGAAAGAAAUUCUGUAAAAACAAAAUACUUGUUAGGGAUUGCAGAUUAAUAAAGUGCAAAAUGCCAUUUAAAUAUAAAAGACAAAACGCUAUCAAAAUAUAACAAACGACGACUGCGAAAUGUUGGAAUAAAAAUAUCGAAUCAUAUUUGAUUUCUGUAUGAAACUGUGGGAAAGGCGUUAUUUGAAACACUUCCAAGUUUCAUUAGGCAAACAAACUAGUUUUAAUAAUUUUAAUCUCAACUUCAACAUUUGUAAUUUCACAGAUUUUGGUUCAUAUUAAAUGAUAAUUGACAACCCUUAAUGUGUAUACAUUUUUUAAUUUUAUUUUUGACAAGGUUUCUGAAAAUUUAUAUUAAGGGUAAUAAUUGCAGAACACCAUGCAUAUAAAUAUAUUGGAUUGUCCUGAAAGUUUGCACCUAUUUUGGAUGAAAUUUGAAAGGCAACACAUUUCAGUUAUUGUGUACAUUUACAGUAACAAAUUAGUACACGAAUGCAAUACAUUAUGGUGUACAAAUAUAGUAUCACUCUUUUACAUCUUUCACGCAACUUGAAAAUUUUAUACUUAUCCUGAAACCUUUGGGGUUUUUUGGGCAUUAACCUUAGUUUUUUCGUACUCAAAGUGUUGAAGUUUCUACCAUUAAGGGGAUUUUAUAAUGAUUAGAAUAUCUUGUGAAAUGUUGUGAUUAUAAUAGAUGUUAAACAUCUCCUACGAUCUCUAACAACUUUUGUCCCAUCUUUUAAACAUACAUAAAAUGGCAAAAAUUCUUCUGACUUGCUAUUUCGGGAGUUUUUUGUUCACUUGCUGUUUUUAAUCAGGCUAAUUCAAGGCCAUACUUUUCAAAUUCUGUCUGCAUUUUGGCCUACAAAUUCUAUCUUAUGUUUUAUAAAAUCCUUUUAAUUUGUUAAGAUAGGUGCAUAGGCCACCUAACAGAAUUCAGCAUGAACUUUCCAGACUAUCCAAUUAAGAAAGGCUGCUAUUAAAUACAUCAUUAAUUGAAGUGUGUGUUUAUUAUUUUGCCAUUUUCCCAUUGUCUUUUAAUUUUGUUUAUUUUCUUUUUUAAAAUUAAUUUUAAUUACUAGUCCUUUUUUUUUAAGUUUAAAUUUCUAUGACUAUCAUUUAAGGCAAUUGUGAAAAUGUAUUAAUCUUUUCAACUGCAUCUUCAUUUUUAACUAAAUAACAAAUUUUAAUAAAAAAUCUCAAACUUUUGAGUGUCAUAAAAAGAACAAAGAGUUUUAAUUUAAAAAAUGUAGUCUUUCAGUUUGUUGCAUUUAAAAUAGGUUGUUUAAUGUUAUUUUUAUUAAGUAAAUCUUCAAACAAUGAAAAAUAAAGGGUUAAAAAGUAAAAAUAAUUUUAAUUUGAAUAACAUGUUUGGUCUGCUAGUUAUAGGUUGUUAAUGCCUGCUUUAGAAAAAGUGAAUCUCUUGCAUUGUGAAAUCUGUGUUUGCAAUUGUUUAAUGUGUAUGUGAAAUUUAAUGGACUAUAUAAAAUGAAUCACUGGAAUCAGUUUGAAUCUUAAUAGAUAAUUUUUAGAAUGUUUUCAUUUACCAACCUAAAAUUGUACAUUUUUUUUUUUUUUCUGUAAAUUUAGUGUUCAAUUAUAUAAGUAACUUUAUUGUAUGUUGUUUUUCAAGUAAUAUUAUCAGUAAAAGAUUAUUUGUUAUAAAAUAUUUAUUAAUCAUGUAAUUAGUGAAAAUCAUAAUAUUUGAAUACAUAUAAUACUGAAUUUUGCUUGUUGUUAAUUUCUUUAAUUUUUAUCUUAGUUUCUUUUUUUUUCAAGAAAAAGAGCAAAGUUUUAUGUUAAAAAUUAGUCACUAAUCACAUCAAUCAUUAUUAAUUAUAAUUAAUAUCCUAGUCAAAAAUUGAUACUUUUAUAUUGGUUUUUAUUGUUAAGAAUGUUUUAUUUCUCGAACGAAUAUUUUUUAAACAAGCCAGAGUAAAUUUCCUUUGUCGCUGAAAAUUUUCAAUUCACUGCUCUAUAGUAUUUCUUUUCUUAUUCUUUAUUUUUCUCCUUUUGGCAAUGGUCUGAGAUACAAAACAAAGCUUUUUGAUGGAUUCUUGUAUACAUUUUAAAUUGUCUAUAACAUAAGCUGUUUUAAUUCUACCAUAUCAUGCAGGAAUAUAUAAUUACAAAAAUGUAUUUUAAAUGUAAAAAUUUAUGAGAAUUUACAUAUUUUAAAAUUCAAAUUUAGUAUUGAUGAGUUUGUCAUUUAUAUGUUAAAAAGUUGCUACCAUCAGUUUUAAUUGUUGUUGAUUUUGCAGCUACCAAAUGUAUUUUUUUGGUUUGCUAUUUAGCAAUGUUGUGAUAUUUUAAAAAAAUUCAUUUAACUGUUUAUUUUUAACUUUGUGCCAAUUUUUCCACUAUCAAUCUCAAAUUAAUUGUUAAUUUUGUGUAUCUAUUAUAAUACUUUUUUUAACAUGUUGAAUCUUUUAAAAUUGUGUUUUGAAGUUUGUUUGUCAAACCUUAACAUAAUACAUCAUUUAUUAGAAACAUUUUAUGUGUCUAUACUUUAUAUAUUUUUUACAUUGAACAGUUAACAGCAAUUUUAUAUAUAAAUUCUUGUUUACUACACAUACUUUUGUUUCUUUUCUAUUUUACAAAGAAACAGUUUAAUAAGUUUAAAAAAUGUCAUUUCAAACAACAAAGCCUCCUUUAAUUGACACACUCAAAUCCGAGAAAAUAUUCCAUGUAAGGAAAGAGCGUGCUAAUUUAGAAAUCUAAUUCUGUAAACUCCUCGUUCACAGAUAGUGUUCUGUGGAACCCUCGAGUUCCAAAAAAAUUAAGGGCUUGGGAUUUUUUUUAAACAAUUUUUUUUUGUUGCAUUUUUGAAAUGUUAAUUACAUUUAUAUCCUAUCAAUAAUCCUUUUUCACUUCGUAUUUUGGGUGCCUCUAUUAAAUUAUUUAAAGUGCAAAGGGAGAAGAAAUGACAAUUUUUUUUAAUAUUAUUUUUUCCUAGUGACAAUAAAUUGAAUAAAUUAUUUAAAAAAAAAAAUAUUUAAAAAAAUCUCAGUAAUAUUUCUCAUCACUAUUUUCCAAUCUCAAUAAUAUUUCCCAUCAACAAUAUUUCAACUCAAAAUAAAAAUAACUACAUUUGUUAAUAAACACAUAUAUUUCACAAUUAACCAUUAUUAAUGUUUAUUGCAAUUUUUAAUUUUCAUUUUAGCAUAAAUCAUAAUUUUGCCUAUUUUAUUCAUUUUCAGAUUAUGUAAAUAAACCUAAAACAAAUUCAUAACUAGACUAGAUUCAGUUCCAGGAUUGCAAGUUUAAUUGUCGAACAUAAAAAAUUGAUAUAAUUUAAGAUUAUUAAUGAUAAAGUGAUGAAAAACUUUUAUUUUUCUAUUUCAAUAUUUUCAAAAUAAAGUAGUAUUUUACUUGUUAAUAUGUUCACAAUUCUCCUUAUAUACUUAGUUUAUAAGUUUAAGGUUAUAUCAAAAGAUGGUUUGCCAUUUAAAGUUCCAUAGGCAAAAAAAAAUUAGGAACUGCUAGUGUAAACAAUUAUAACUGCAUUUAUAUGAUGUCAUACAUAAUUAAAAAUAAGAAUAACAUCAAUGUUUAUUUGAAGUUAACAAAAUCAUAAUGUUUAAUACUCAAUGAAAAUUAUAAAAGUGCAAUGCAUACAUUACUGAUUCAAUUCAAAAACUAGGUUUUGCAUCGCUGCAGCAGAGGAGAAAGAUGUAAAAAAGUUUGUUUUGAAUUGUUUUGGCCCUUAAGAUACUCAUUUAAAAUUUUACCUUUAAUAUCAUAAUUUUUAGUGUUAAUAAGUUUCUAAGGUCCUCAAUAACUUCCAGAACUAAUGUCUGAAGUAUUAUUACUGAGUUACUAAUAAAUGAUUCUGAAGUUAAAAGCAUAUUGCAAAAUGCCUCCUUGAAAAAUUAUAGGUGCUACUAAGACUGUUACGAUAUCUCCUUAUAUGGUAUCUGGCCUGAUUCAGCUUUUGAAAAAAGUUGUUGUAUAACCCAAUAUACAAUGAAAACAAUAUACAAUAAGAUAAAGAAUUCACAAUCAUGCUAUCAAUCAUUUGUAAAUUUCCCUGCUAAAACUUUUUACCUAUAGGCUCAUACAGCUCUUAGAAAAUUUCAAAAGUGGUGUUAAUAUUCGAAUAAAAGAGUUACAGAUUUCAUUUUAUCAGGUUUCACUUUAAAGUUCAAAAUGCUAUAUUCGAGGUUCUACGACUAAAAUUAGUUAUUUGGAAAUAUUAAGCAUAGUGGUGAAUACAAAUUCAUACAAAUACAUUUUGAUUUUCCUAAUUUUGCUGCUACUUUUUAAAUUUUAUUAGGAGUGUAAGAAUCCUGUACACUCUUUGCUUUUUUAUUUUGUCCAUAAAAAAAAAAACUCAUGUAAAAGUUAUGCUUAAAAAAUUACACAUUUUUGUUACAUAACUGUAGAAUAUCUGCUUUGAAGAGCUUUAAAAAAUAAUUUUUUAUGAGCAAAUUACUGUCUUGUUUGAGUAAAUUACUGAAAUGUUAUAUAGUUAGAGCAAUUUUAUGUAGAUACAUGUAUGAUACAUAUUUUAAUUUCGCUUCAUUUUAAAUAAAUUUAUUUUGUAUAUAAAAAUGUCAGAUCUUUUAAAUAACACCAAAUUGUUUUUAACCACGAUAAAACAUCUGUGUCAUGAAUCAAGAUUACGAUUCAUCGAUUAAAUGCAUUCUAAGAUUAUGAUUUGAAUUCUAAUCUUAUAUUAAUCAUAAAUUUCAUCUACUUAGUUUUAUUUGUUUCAAUAUUUUGAAAUCACUUGUACUAUUACAAAAUGCAUUAGGAAUGUUCUGAAAUUGUUAAUUUUAAUAAAUAGGUGCUCCGCAAGAAACUGAAGGUAUAAUUAAUUUGUUAAAUGAUUGAAAUUCUGUAAAUUAUGAGAAAUAUUGUCUACAUAUAGUUAUAAUGCAUAUAAAUUUUUUUAAUCCCAAUUUUUUUUUUACUCCCUCUCGCAUUUUGUAUGACGCUCAUUUCAAAAUUUCUUACGUAAAGAAAUUUAUUUUUUAAGUAUUGAUCAAUUUAACUAAUUGUCAUAAUUGAAAGCUAUAGGUUGUGUAUUAACUGAACAAAAUUCUGUAAAUAAUAUAGCUGUUCUAUCUUGUUAACUGUUCUAAUAGAUGCAUAUUAUUUCUAAUUUAUGUAAAGUUGUCGAUUAAAAAUUGUUUGUUUAAAAUAAGAAAUAUUUAACAGUGCAUAGUUUUUGGAUGAACUUGAGAUUAUUUUUUUCCUGUCAUGAAACUGUGAUACAACGAUGACCCUCCAUUUUAUAAUUUUAUUUACACCAGGCAUAACUGAAAAAUGAUGUAUUGUAUUUGUACAACUGUACUGUAUAAUCCUAAAUAUGAUCUACUAAAGAAAGUUAUUUAUAUCAGCAUUUGUAGUAAAGCAUUUUGCAACUACUGUACCUGAUGUGCAGGUUAUAACUUAUUACUUUGUGGGUGUUUAAAAAUAAGAUUUUUGAACUGGUUUUUGUGAAGUAUACAAAAUUGACAGCAUAAAUAAUUAUUUGUAUAGUUCGUUUUAUAUUUAUAUUAGUUCUAUUAAUAAAUGUGUUUAACUUUUU